UAGAAUUUAGGAUCUCCAAAUCCAGGAAGGAAUUUAAGAUUUGUAAAGUCACUAUUAAAUCCCAGUAAGGAAACUGUGUGAACAUUGGAUAAUACCUGAUUUUACCAAAAAAAACGCUUUAAAAAGUAUGAGGCCCGGCAUAAGAGUCUUGCGAGGCCCUGACUGGCGUUAUGGGGAUCAGGAUGGAGGCCCUGGAUAUCUAGGAACUGUCACCAAAAUUUAUCCCGAUAACACGGUGCAGGUCCGUUGGGACGUGGGCACGGAAACCACGUGCAGGGCGGGGCGUGAUGACGCGUUCGAUCUGCGUCUUUAUGACAACGCACAGAUAGGCGUAAAGCAAGUGUAUUGUGAUGGGCGGUGCUUGGACACGGACGACAUCAACAUCUACGGCUUCCGAUGGAAGUGUCUGGUAUGUGAGGAUCGGGACAACUGUACUCCCUGUUACAUGGCCGGGUAUGUGGCCGACUGUAUGGGCCAUCCACACGCCAGAUACGACACCGAGAACGCCACCGUUGUACGGGUGCCUCAAAGGAAGCGCAGUAAGAAGAUACCACUGUAUGGCAUAUUUCCGGGAGCCACCGUCGCCAAGAUAGCAGCUUCCGGUUCUGACGAAGAAAAAGUUGGUGAGGUGAAGGAGCUGGUGGACCGACCUCCGGAAUCCUGGCGCGGAGCGGUCCGCGUGGAGUGGGAGGGAGUGGCUCCCCGGAAAAACGAUGACGGGGAACCGGAGUUUCCGGUGUACCGCCUUGGGGCGGACGGGGCGGCAGACGUGCGGCUCGUGAAAGCGAAGUCCCCCGGGAAGGUGUACAUUGACCAUCUUCCGGUUCUAGACCUGACAAUGCCCGUGGACAUCCAUCUGUGCGAGGGCGACCGAGUGAGGAUGGACCUGAACUUGGACACCUUCAAGCCGCUCUUGUCUGAGCAUGGAGGCUGGAUACCGGAACUAGAGAAGGUGCUGGGUGAGGAAGGUGUCGUCGAGAGAGUGAAGGACAGAAGUCGCCGGAUCGUCUCCGUCCGCUACGACACGCCAAACUGCAAAAUGACCAUCCAGGCAAUGUACAUGAACGUCCUGACUAAGAUAUCGACAAUAAAGGCGGGACUGGUGGUUAAAGUGACGACGGACCAGAACAAGAUGAAGAAGCUGCAGUCUGGCCACGGAGGCUGGCAGGAUGCAUACGUCUCGAUUCUAGGACAGACGGGGCGGGUUGUGAGGGUUGAUGACUCCACUGACGCCGUUGUUGAAAUACAGGGCCAAAUGUUUCUGCUCAACCCCGCCUGUCUUGAGGAUUCGACAUCGAGUCAGACAUCCCGGACUCAAUCGCCACCCCGACCGGCUAGGAGCCUUUCCAAUUCUUUCCGCAUGAGAUCCAGGCUGAUUGUCCCGGCAGCCGCCAGAAUGAAGCCUACACCAGGGAUAAGUAUGGACGUGGGGGUGAGGGUAGUCCGUGGGCCGGACUGGAGCCCCGACUUUGAGAACCAAGAUGGCGGCGAGGGCGGGGUGGGCACAGUGGUGGAGAUAUGUGGGGUACAGGACGCCGGAACGUACCCCCGGGAUUGCGUAGUUGUUCAGUGGGAUGCGGGGGAAAGAAACGUGUACCGGGUUGGAUACGAGAACGCCUUCGACCUCCGCCUGUACGAUAAUGCCGGCAUCGGUGUGAAGCACGCUGUUCGCUGUAGCGGUUGCGAUAUAGACGGAAUAUUCGGGCUCCUGUGGACGUGUGUCGAAUGUCCGGACGUCCGUCUGUGCUCCGAGUGUUACAACAAGGACAAACAUGACGUUCAGCACCAUUUUACCAGAUACGACAACCCGGAGAGUCAAGGGAAACGAGUUCCAAAGCGGGGCAUGAGCAAACGGGUGAUGUCGACCGGCAUCUUUGAGGAAAGCAAAGUACGCCGUGGACCGGACUGGCGCUGGCACGACCAAGACGGCGGUGAAGACAAGCAUGGUCAAGUGAUCGCUGUGGUGAACUUUAGCCCCGACACGGAUCGUGACGCCGCCGAAGUCACGUGGUCCAAUGGCUACACGAACGUUUAUCGUCUCGGUUACCAUGGACGCCUUGACGUCAUCGGCGACAAGUGCUCGCAGGGUGGGACCUACUAUCGCGACCAUCUGCCUAUACUGAAACUGACGCCGGCCCCCGCUAAAACAGCUCCAUCGGUAACAGAACCGGGGAAGAGUGCAGAGACCGGCGGCGCUUCCCUUAACUUCGGAGGAGACGGAAUAGGAGAGGCGGCUGGAGGGGUGGCGUCUGGAGGGGUGGCGGCGCCCUCGCGGUUCAAGGAAGGGAGUAAAGUGAAGAUUACUAUUGACGUGGACGUUCUUAAGCUUAUCGAAGACAAUAAAGGCGCUUGGAACGACCGCAUGGCGGAGUGUAUCGGACGCACGGGUACCGUGGUAGUUGCACGAGGAAACGACAUCACCGUCGACUUCGAAAUGGCGGGAAAAUGGUCGUUCGAUGAAUCUGUACUGACAGAGGUGCACUCGUAUUCCCCGGGGGAGGUCGUUAAAGUCAACGACAAUCAGCAGAACGUGCGCAUGCUCCAGACAGAACGUGGUGGAUGGAAUGACCUCAUGAGCAAGGUUGUAGGCAGAAAGGGUACGGUUGAGGAAAUAGACGAAGAUGGUGACGUCGUGGUCUCUUUUGGCGAGUACACGUGGACAAUGAACGCGGAGUGCCUGGCGCCGUAUGCCGGGAACGCCGACCACGUCAAGUACUCGGAUGCACCGCGGGUUGAGUCCGACCAUCCGCCACUCCCGGGAGCCACUCUGACGGAAGGACAGAAACAGGAAAUGCUGAUAGAAAAGAUCAAGGCCGGGGACACGAAAGGCGUCAAUGAGCUCAUUCAGCGUGACCCGCAUCACCUGCUAAUGGAGAUCAACGGCCAGUUUCCGGUGUUCGUGGCAAGUAUGCUAGGCCAGACGGACAUCAUCCGCGACAUGUUCCGAUGCGCCAGUAAGGAGGCGCUGCUUGAGUUCAAUGACGGCUCGGAGAAAAUGACGCCGCUACUCCAAGCUAUCAAGAGUGGUCAGGUGGAGACAGUCCGCUUCCUGGUGCAGGAGGGAGCGAACAUUUCCGCGUGUAACCAUAACAACCAGAGCGCCGUACACCUGGCCGUCUCUUCCGGCAGCGAGGAUAUGUUGCGUGCGCUGCUAGACAUGAAAUUCGACAUCAAUAUUAGGGACGCCCUGGACCAGACACCUCUGUUUGACGCGAUCCUUGCAGCCCCGGAGGCCCUACUAGGUGUACUUCUAGAGAGGCCCGAACUAGAGGUGGAUUAUGAGGAUAAACUUCACUUUACACCCUUUCUUGUCGCCUGCAGAAAGGGUCACCUGGGAGCGAUAAAGGCUAUAUUGGACCGGAAGCCGACCCUAGUAUCAAGCCUGAAGAAGGAUGACGGUUACACAGGGCUCCAUCUGGCGGCCUUCAACGGAAACAAGGAGGCUGUUGACUUCCUUCUUGGACAGAGGCGGACAGAGAUUAACGCACGGACGGACGAUGGGAAGACGGCGGUCCAACUGGCCUGUGAGGAGCUGAAGACGGACGUCGUCAAGCUGCUAAUCCACCAAGGUGCGGAUGUGACGUCACUCGACAAUUCCGGUAAAAACUGUCUCCAUCUCGCUUUCACGGCGAAUGACGAAGAGCAAGCGGAAGUGCAGGACGAGCUCGCUGAAUUAGUGACGCUGCUGAUUGCGGAAGGAGUUCCCUGUGACGUCACAGACGCUGAUGGCAAGCGUCCACAGGAAUACGUGCACGAAACGCUUGCGGGAAAGUUUGAUCCCAUUUUCUCGACCACGAACGGACAACAGCAGUCUAUAUCCAAACCGUCACAACCCCCGGUGGAAUCAAGCUCGCAGUCACUUCCGGUAGGACAGGGCUCCCAUGCGCCAUUAUCCCAGACACUUCCGAUGGGGACCACACCCCCGGAGUCUGACUCACAGUCACUUCCGGUCGGGCCACCGUUGUCGGAUGGUACCCAGCAGCCCUUCUCUCAGACACUUCCGGUUGGAUCCCGACCACUGGGCAAGAAUCAGAAGAAUCAAAAGAAUCAGGAAGGACCCAGAUCACUGGACCUCACAGGAGAGCGUACCGGUUUGGCGACACCAAAGGGCCAGGGGGAGAUAAUUGAGCAGAUAAUUGAGCAGACACCUUCAGACAUCUCGCCCGGGAGGGCCGAGGUAAAGACACGUGAAAAGCCAGCGGACGGACGGCCGUCAGAGGCACGUGAUAAACGGGCGGACGAACGGCCACCGGAGGAGGAGUCGGACCCGGACCUCUGUGAGAGCUGUAAUGAAGAACCCUACAGGUACCGGAUUGAGCCGUGUGGCCAUCUGCUUUGUGGAGACUGCGCGCCCAAGCCCAAGGCGAAAAAGAAACGCUGUGCCGAGUGUGGCGAAGUGGUGAAGGAUGUUGCCCCCGCGCGCUAAUCAAGCGUCUCGGUGAUUUGAUUAUCAGUCAAGCGUCUCAGUAAUUUGUUCAUCAGUCAAGCGUCGAUUGAGGCUGGUGAUCUUGGAAACGUUUUGCCGACCAUUGACCUUCCGUAAACUCUUUUGGGGGAUAUUUUUUGUUGUGUAUAAAUGUGUAUAUGACCGGAUGGAAGUUUGCGUGAUAAAUAGAAACUGGUGAUAUUAUAACUAUUAUAUGUAAUUUGGUUAGUUUUGAUUUUAAUUUAACAUAAAUGAUUGUUACUUUUUAUAAGCGUUUCUGUGGAUUCUACAUUGUUUAAAAUCGAGUUUAAUGAAUGGUUUUUAUUAUAUGAAAUUAAUUAUCAUUGAACUUUCAUUUUACUAUAAAAGGAUCAGUUCUUUGUGUGUUUUUGAUGAUUUGCAUGUCUUUUAAAUUAAAUAAUCAAUUAUUUAAACAAGUUUAAUAUAUUUGCUGUAUUAUAUUAUUGCUGUAACUAAAUUGCUGUGAUUUUGAAGCCAACAUGCCAAUGGCAAUAUUUAUGUUUAUUUAUAACAACAUUGUCAUGCUUUAUCAUAAUUUAUCUUUAAAAUUUAUUAACCUGUUUAUACCUGUAGUGUAUCUGGAAAGUACGAAUGUUAUAUUGAUUUAUUCAUUAAAGAUAUUCUAUGUUG